AUGAACGAUAUAUUAAUUAUUCACAUUGGAGCAGGUAAACAUGACCCUAAUAAGCUGGAAAACUACAAAACACUACUACGAAAUGCAUUAACGAGGCCAUCAAUAACAGAAGCAAGUGAUGUCAUUGAAUCAUCCUCACUAACUAAUACAGGCCAUGGUUCAUCAUUAAAUCUAUUAGGCAAAGUAGAAUGUGAUGCAAGCUAUAUAAGUAAUGACAAGGUAGGGGCAAUUGUUAAUAUGACCUGUGAGAAACCUACCAAGGAGUUGUUUCGGAUAUUUCAAUAUCUCGAUACCUUGUACGAUUCAGACGAAACCGAUUUAACACCACCAGUAAUGUUAGUUUAUCCACUGUUGAAAAACUUAAUCCCCAAUAUAAUGGAUGGCAAUUUGGUAUCGGCAAAAUCAAGGAAAAUAUAUGACACCUAUAAGGACAAGAUUUUUCAAGGUAAGCAUUUAGACCAUUACACCAUACCCAAUGAAGUUUCUGAUACUAUUGGUAUUACCCAUAUAUCUGACACCGAGACAACGAUUGUGACAUCAUCAGGAGGCAACUUUUUUAAAUUACCUGGUAGGAUAGGAUGUGCUGGUGUUAUUGGAGCGGCUAUAGCUCGAAAGAAGCUUAGUGAUUGCGAAAUCUGUUGUAUGUGUUCCGGAAAUGGAGAACAAAUUAUCAAAAGUAAGUUGGCAUGGGAAAUAGCCAAUAGCAUCGCUAAUGUUGCUGGUGAUGAGUAUGGUGGAUAUCUUGAAAAAAUGAUAUAUGAAUUAAACCCAAGAUUUUAUGUUGGCUUUAUCAUUGUUCUAAACUAUGGAUCACAGACCCAGCUACUUUAUGGACACACCACAGAAACUUUCUACUUUGGUUUCCGAUCACCAAAUCAAACAAGAAUCGUUUUAAGUAGUUCAGAUAAAUUGGGAUACUUUACAUUCGGAGAGUACAGUCUCCAUUGA